CCUACAUGAAACUGAGUCAUGAUUGAAGUCACGCACAUGAGAAAGCAAGACCGCUUAGAUAAUGGGUCAUCUAAUUGCGCAACAUGGACGAGGGAGCUCCACGAGCAAGGACGAUGAAUAAAACCCACGGCCAGAAAACUUGGCUACGUUACUGAGCUUAAUUUUGGUUUUGCAAAGCGUUUACUUUCGUUGAAACGCCCAAGGGUACGGAGGUCAGACUGACAAGGACUAGUGACACAGUAGGUUUUGUGCUAAGUAUCAAAUGCCCUAGUAUGAAUCGUAGAAUGUUGCGCCCUGAGGUGUGGCGUAAAAAUGAAUCAUAGCUGACAUCGAUCAGGGAACGUCCUUGAACAAGAAGACAAGCAGUAUCAGUAUUCAUCAAAAAAGUAAAUGACUAUGAUGUCCUCCUCUUCCUCUUCUUCUGCCCUGCAUCAGAACUAUAGGGUGAUGCAGAUGAACAUGAAUGCGAUGAACAACAGCAAGCAGCACCCCUCGAGCUCCUCCAGCAGCUCCGCAGCUGCUUCCUCUUUUCUGCAACAGACGCAGCAGGUGCUCCGCAACAACUUCGGCAACAAGUUUAAGUCGCGGAGAGGACACCAAGGUUUGCUGAAAAACAGCAGCAAGAAAACGACGUAUCAAGCGAAUUUCGGCUACGACUACCUCGCGUCGGCCGAAACGCUCGUGAUUGAUCCGAAUGACCGAGAUAUGCAAGAAAAAAACGUUGUUGGUGUAAAUUUGUGAUGCGCAACAUGCAAAUUGAUUGAGCCUGUCAUGCUGUGCCUGCAUUGUAGGGCCCAUUCAACGGCGUUUUCCCGUACUAUCUGCGCAUGACAGGUGUUUGCUGUCAUGCGAGAGAUAUUUGUCAUGCUAAUCCUCCAAGAAAGUUACACCUACAAUCUUUUUUUCCUGGAUACGAGAAUUGGCGAAAAAUGAAAAUCUGAACCACAAAGGUCUCAUCAACGACGGUUGGAGCAGCAGGCCGGUGCCGGACGUGGUAAAUAUACAUGAUCAGGUCUGUUUAAUGUGUAAGACGCCUGCGACAUAUUUGUGUAGUAUGAACGUAUGACACACACACAGACACACCAGAGUAGGAACUUGUUCUGUAUCAACAUCAAAGUCUGUCAGUGUCAAGUCCGCCAGCAACGAACUCUACCCGUCGAAAAUCUACUAACAGGUCCUGCGGAAGGUCUACCAAAUGACCACUCCCCCGCGCGAUGUACCAUUUCCAUCGAGCAAGACCAACACAUUGCUGGAUGACGACGAUGAGCUCCUUUUUGCUGCCUCCGAAGAACAACAAACACACGGAAUAAAACAAGCCACCGCCUCGCACAGCAACCAGUCCACGCCGAACGCGACUAAAACUAAGCGGAAAAUGAUGAAACAGACGCCGGGCAGCAAGAGCAUGAAGCGAGUUGUUCAUGGGUCGACAGCUUCGCAGAUGAACAAUAGUAAAGCUGCCCGCAUCGAUGAUGACUUGGAGCUGGAUGAGAACGGACAGUUGGUACGAAAAGGAGCUGCUGGCGCAAUAGAAGGCGAGGUCGAUGCCGAGGAAGACCCCGAUGCGGAUGAGACGCUGGUAGGAGACGGAGCAGUGACAUCAAAGGGAUCAAGAACAGAGAAAAUGUCUACUUGUACUGCUACUUCACGAAAUGCUCCGACAACAUCCGUCGACCUAUCGCAGCACCUGUUCUGGCGUUCCAGACUGCUCGACGGCGACAACCUCUGCGUGUCUGGCUUGGGGAGCAAGUACGCGAUGCUGCGGAGAUUCGGCCGCAGCUGUGUGAAAGAGAUCGCGUUUCAGACGGAGGGGGUGGUGGAGCACUUGCUGGUCGAUUUCGAAAACGACAACAACACCACGGGCGAUGAGGAAUCCAAUGCCCACCCCGCGAUUCUAAAGCAUCUAGGCGAGGACGUGGUGCAGCAAUGGGAACGGGAAGAGAGGGACGAGCUGAUGAUGAUAGUGGACAAUGGUGAAGAUGCUGAUCACGAUGUCGUGAUGGGAGAAGAAAAUGAUAGCGAUAAUGGACUGCUAAAUCCUGGAAGAAUAAACACGCACUUUUUCCAGAAAUAUAAUCAUACACGGAAAUUUGACUACCUGGUCGAGGUAAUCGGCGGUUGGACAACACUGCUUGACUCCCUGGAGCAAGCAUUUCAGAAGAUUGCGAGCCAAUUUUUGGACAAUCUGGUGGAGCUAGCGGAUGUAAACCUGUUGCAAAGCAGGACAAAGGAUAUCCAGAAAAUGUUUCACCGAGCCGUGCAUGAGGCGAAUUUCGACCUGAAACCGGUGCGGAAAGUAUCAAAUGCAAAUAUGUCUCGGUCUGGAAAGUUGUGAUGCUGAAGUUUGGAUAAAGACUGGCGCUCUCAAGUGCAACCACGCAUGACAAGUAUAGUACUUGACGCCAUGUGCUGUGUAGCACGCAUGACAAACAACUGCGUUUUUGCAGGACGAAAAAGUAGUCCCUUCCUUGCUGGCUGUGCAAUACAGAUUUCUCAGGAAUGCAAGACAUGCAACACAAGUUCCACUUUUCCAGACCCAGACACUUUUGCAUUUGAUAGAAAGAGUGGCCGAGCGAUUACGAGUACGACACGCCGGAGAAGUUGGAGUGCCGGGACUAUCUGAAGGAGCAACUGCAGGUAAAGAAAUUGUAAAUGGGUUUGACUUUGUUGUACUUGGAAACAACAAGUACGUACCUAGUUAGCUACCCUCCAGCACGUCGUGACAAAAGCCGCUGGCUGUAAUAAACAAGCCGGAACUACUUGUUUUCUCUAGUCUUGUUGGGAACGCUAACUUUCAUGAAGAAAACUCAUUUUGUAGAUCAUGCAAAUACAAGAAAAAGAAAAGCACAACAUGAUCUAUUAUCAGCCUUUCCUCGAGCAAGCCCCGGUUUCCUCCCGCACGCCAACUGCGCCGCUGCACUUCGUUUGCAACUUUUUUCGUGAGUUCGUUGAGUUCGCGGAGGUGAAAAUCUUGCUGGUGGUUCACUGCUACGAGAAACUAGUCUGCCCCAACAGUUUGUACUACCAGCACGCGAAUCUGGUUGACGGGUUGAUGGAGCUGGUGAGGCCGGGCGCAGACGAAGAGAUUUUUGGCAGUAGUGCCAUCGGCGAGGAAGGUAGAAGAGGAGGAGACGGUCACUAUCAAAGUGAAAAAUCCCCCCUCCCCAUAUCGAAAAGGUAUGUUUCCGAAAAUUUGUGUUGCUGAUUUGAGGUCGCAAAUCACAUUUGUAUUGCAAGAAGACAAGGGCAGAAGCUUCUGCCCCACUAUGGAAGCGAUUUGUCAUGCUGUUGGCCCUAAAUGUGACCUGUUUGCCAUGCUGAACAACUAGACCCAUACGCCCCUCUACCUAGCCUGGGGAUCUGGCUGCGGUGCCUUUCUGCAAUACAGAGCUGAUUUGUUUACCCAAAUUCAGCAUCAGAAAUUUCGUUUUGAUAUGGGGAGGGGGGAUUUUUCCUUGCCAUAGUCACAAGAAAACCAGCGAAGAUCUUCCUCUUCCUGAAGAUGAUCCUGAGCAGAACGAUCAUACAAACUGCGACAACGUGACGAGGCCAGAAAGCGACCUCCAACCCCUCGGCUUUAUACGGCUCGUUCUUUCCCUCAACACGCCGCAAAACCCGUUUUCCACCACCGACGUUAAUGUGCUAAAACUGAUAUGGGAGUCGUGCACAACUCCCCGUCUUCGCCCCAGUUGCAUGCACAGUACCAAGAAGUUCGCCCCUUGUAUCUUCGCAUGACGGGUUGUUCUUCUUGCAGCCCCAGCCGCACUGCGAUUCUCUGUGGAUACUUAAUUUCAUUAUUGUCAUGCAAAAUUCGCAUUCAUUCUAUCUUGCCGACGUGGUUUCUAUAUAUCGCUGUUCUAAACUUCACGACUAGAACAUGAGGGGAAGAACGAGCAGUUCUGUGCCUUUUCAUAACUGAACCACGAAAUAGUGAACACGUACCUUCCUCCGGUGCUGGAAAUCUCCCCGCAGGAGCGCCAGUACGUGGAGCAGGUGAAGAGGUUCGGCCAGGCUGCGCAGAACUCCGGCGGCAGCACUUUGUCCGACUUCUUUCUAAAGUGCAAAGCCUGCAGUCGGGCCUUCACGAGCAAGCACCGCGCGAUUUUGAAGGCGGUGCUGGAGAAGAUGAAGCACGCGAACCCUCUGGGCUUCUUGUACAACGAAUUGCUGUCGGAAAUGCAAAAGAACAAGGGGGUCCAACAGAGCGCGCUAGACCGGAUCUUGCGGGAGUUGCAGGAGCAGCAGCUGAUCAUCCAGUCGAACCCGGAGCAAACCGGGCAGCGGGUGAAGUUGAAUGUAUGCAUUGCAAAUAUAUAUGUCCUCUGAGUCUGGAAAGUAGUGGGAACUAAGUUGUAGUGCUAGGUUGGCAUCCUGGGAAAUCUGUAUUGCAUAACCAACAUUUGUCAUGCAAAAACGCAGUUUGAUGUUCUCAUGCGGACUGCCUAGGAGAGAGCGCUCCGGAAAGUUGUCAUGCUGGGCUCCUCCUGCAUUUGGAAGCGUCAUGCACAUUGUAGCAUCACAAGUUUCCAGACAUCCAGGGAUAAUAUUUGCACCUGAUAGAACUGCGGAACGGAGUACUUGAAGCAGAAAUACGAGGAGAUGCUGGAACUUUUCUCGGCCGGAGUAGACGGGGACGACGGUGACUAGGUGGGUCUCCGGAAGUAGAAGUUCAUUUUUCUUGCUGCCCUCCUGUAUCAAUUUCAAUGCUUAUUACUACGACGCCGACCUGCAACCAGUAGUGCACCAGCACCUGAACUAUUAACUCGCAGACAACAUGUAGGUUUUCUGGCGAUCAUGACAAUCACAAUGAACUUCUGCCAACAUUAUCAUGUAGAACCGGAGGCGCGACUACUUGUUGUAGCGAGUACAAUCCUCCAUUUUCAAAACUUGUUUCUACCAAACAUAACGAACAAUGAG